GUAAAUAUGUGUUUUAUACGAAAAAUAAUAGUGUUUUUUUGCAUGAUAAAUUCCUUGAGAGCAGAUACCGUUGAAGAUUUUUACAAAUAUGUAACAGAAGAAUUCAAAAACAUACAAUCGUAUCAAGUGCCAACUGAUAAUAAAAAUGUAUUUACCACAUGUGAUUCAAAAAUUCGACAUUAUGGGCAUUUUGAUUUUAUAAUCGUUGGAGCUGGUUCUGCAGGAGCUGUGUUAGCCAAUAGACUGUCUGAAAUAAAAGAUUGGAAAAUUUUAAUACUUGAAGCUGGCGGUGACUUAACCAAAUUUAGCGAUGUGCCUGGAUUCAACAAUUAUUUACAGCAAACCGAUAUGAAUUGGGGUUAUAUGACGUCUUCGCAGAAAACAUGCUGCCAAGGAAUGGAAAACAAUCAAUGUGCAUAUCCACGAGGAAAAGUGAUAGGAGGAAGUAGUACUUUAAACGGAGGAGUUUACGCGAGGGGAAGUCCUGAGGAUUAUGAUGAAUGGGUAAACCUAGGCAACCCAGGAUGGUCAUAUGAGGAAUGUUUACCAUAUUUCAAAAAAUCUGAGUUUGUAGCAUUGAAAAAUUAUGAUAGGUCUUAUCACGGAACAUCUGGUGUACUAUACGUUAACCAAACAUCUCCACCAUCAGUAAUAGCUGAAGCAUUUUUAAAUGCUAACGUAGAAAAAGGUCUAAGUGAGAUCGAUUACAAUGGAAAACAACAAUUAGGUGUAUCAAGGAUACAAUUUAACAUAAAAGAUCAUCUGCACCAAAACAGUGCACAUGCUUUUCUAAAUCCUAUAAGAAAUACAAGAAAAAAUUUAAAGCUAAUACUUAAUGCAGCUGUUAAUAAACUGUUGAUGAACGGAAACAAAGUUAAGGGUGUAACUUUCGUUAAAGACGGAGUUUUUUAUAAAGCUGAAGCUAGUAAGGAGGUUAUACUCUCUGCAGGUUCAAUUAAUACACCGCAGCUUUUGCUGCUUUCGGGAAUAGGUCCUGCAAAUGACUUGAAAAAAUUAGGAAUCCCAGUUCAAAAUAAUUUACCAGGAGUUGGAAAACAUUUACAAGAUCAUCCCCUUUUCGUCAAUAUGUAUUUUAGAACAAAUGUUUCUGCUCCUAAUCACACUCUUCAGGACAACUUGGAGAGAUACAGCCAUGGAAUGACUCCUUUGACUAACGGCGCCGGAUUAGAACAAAUUGUUUUUUUAAAUUUUAAAAAUGAGAAAAAUCCCAAAGCUGAAAUAAAAAUGAUUACAUUUCCUCCGCCGUUUAGUGUACCUAUAGAUUUAAAAGCUGCAUACAACUUUCAGGGAAAGUCUAGAAAAGUCUACGAAAAGUACAAUACGACGACCGAUUUCAGUAUAAUUAUAUCUUUAAUGAAACCGAAAUCGGAAGGUUCAGUUACUUUAAGGACAAAUAGCAUUUUAGACUUUCCUUCUAUUAAUAUCAAUUACUUCACAGAUCCCAAUAAUGAAGAUCUAGAAACGAUGUAUCAAGGAAUAAAGUACGCUUUAAAUUUGGAGCAAACUGCUGCUUUCAAGCAUAUUGGUGCACAUUAUAUUGGAGAACAACCAGGAUGUGAAACAUCUGAGUUCCAGUGAUAGAGAAUAUUGGUAUUGCGCUCUAAGACACAUGACUUCAACGGGAGUACCAUCCCUCCAGUACAACAAAGAUGGGUCCAUCACCAAUUGAUUCUGUGGUAGAUAGAAACGGUUUGGUGCAUAACAUGCGAAAUUUGAGAAUCGUUGAUGCUGGUAUUAUUCCUAAGAUUUAUUAGAGGACAUCUUAUUGCCGCUAUAUACAUGAUAGCUGAAAAAAUAUCAGAUGCGAUUAAGAAAAUUCAUCAAAAAUUGUAGUUACAACAAAUAAAUAUACUUAAAUUUU